AUGCUUGUUCGUCUAGAGAGGGUGACCUCCACAGCAGCCCUCUCUAAGCACCUGCAGCAGCAAGUUCUGUCCCAGCAAGACAGAGGAGCCAUUGAACUGGAAACCCUCACCUCACAAGGCCACACGGGUGACAAUGAGGAGGAGUUGGAGGUGGGCUGGCAGGAGAAACUCUUCAGUCAGUAUGAGAUGGAGCUGUUCCAGAACGAGGCAACAUGUCAGACCCCUCUGGACCGUCAGUACCACGCAGAAGUCAAGGCCCUGAACAAGGCCAAGGGCCGGCGUAAUCACAGGAUUUUCACAUACACCGAUCAUGACCGCUACACCAGCUGUCUUCCAUUGCACCAACUGCAGACUUCCACUGACUUAUUGACCACAACCAAAUCCAGCCCCACAUUCCUGGCUGAAAGGAUGGCCAGCGUGCGACACAGACGGCAGGACAGACGCACCAUGGAUUGUAGUGUCCCCAAGUCAAAGAUCGUCAACUGGGAGCCCACAGCGGAGUUUGUGAAGAGCAGUCAUGUGGUGAAUAAUGCCAUGCAGACCAUGCAUAUCAUGGGAGACAUGGCCCCCCCCCCUGGAAGUUAA